CGAUCGACAGGAUGAGUGGCGGAUGGAAUACCAUCGAAUCCGAUGCGGGUGUCUUCACCUUUUUACUCGACAAUCUCGGGGCCAAGGACGUUCAGUUUGAGGAGCUCAUUGCCCUGGAUGCGGACUAUCUACGCCAGCUGAGUCCCGUCUACGGCGUGAUCUUCCUCUUCAAAUACCCCACAGGCGAGAAGCCCAAUGCGGACGGCACCCCUAAGGAUGGACAAUACGACUACGCGGCUGCCGAGAGCCUCUUCUUCGCGGCACAGACCAUACAGAAUGCGUGCGCCACACAAGCACUCCUUUCGGUGCUGCUGAACAAAGACGGCGACGUCGACGUGGGGACACAGUUACGGGAAUUUAAGGAAUUCACAGCGGGUUUCCCAGCGGAGUUCAGGGGCGAGGCUCUCAGCAACUCGGAGCUGAUCAGAGAUGUGCACAACAGCUUCGCGAGGAGCAGCCCGUUUGUCGACGAGACGCAGCGGACGGCCACGGACGACGACGACGUGUAUCACUUCAUUGCCUAUACACCCAUCAACGGCAUCCUGUACGAGCUGGACGGGUUGCAGCCUGCACCGAUUGCGCAUGGUGCGAGCACGUUCGAGGAGUUUCCAGAGAAGGUGAUCCCGGUCUUGCAGAGGCGGAUCGGGCGCUACCCCGCGCACGAGAUCCGAUUCAAUCUGUUGGCGAUGGUUAGAGAUUUGCGGAUCCGGGCGAGGGAGAUUGGCGACCAGGAGAUGCUGAUGCGGGAGGAGAUGAAGCGGAACGACUGGCAGUUUGAGAAUGCCCUCCGGAGGCAUAACUUCGUGGGGUUUGCGGGGGAAGUGCUGAAGUGUGUCAUUGCCGAGAAGCUGAAGGAGGGACCAGACGCCUAUGCCAAGUGGGUAGAUGAUGCCAAGAAGAAGACAAAGCAGCGGUCCGAAGACCAGCAGAAGAAGGGAAUCUCAGCAGAUGAGGAUCAGGAAAUGCUUGGCUGAUUCCCGGAAACCCGAUGCGUUGCGCUGGUGGAAGAGACCGGUGCGAAAGGAUUUGCAGCGGUAUGACAUAUUUUCGGUGUUCUUCAAUUGGGGGAUUAUAUGCAUGGGCCGGCGGCGUUGGUCGUUGGUCGUUGGUCGCUGGUCUGUCUUGGAACCUGAGCAAUGAAGAUAAGAUGACGAGAUAAGCGGAUCAAACAAGCAAUAGAUUUACCAUAUGUCUAUUCUGCAAUGCAACAGGAGGAGAACGGAAAAUGCGGAAUCAGAGGUCUCCUCGCAGGAUCCUGGA